AUGUCGUUAACGUAUUUCUUGUUAUCACAAACAGUGCAUAUUGUUUUUGCUUUAAAUACAAUUUCAGAAUCUCAUACGCGUGUUACUCCAUUCAAAGCAAAGAUUAUUGCUAAAAUAUGUUACCUAAAACCAGAUUCAGGACCGUGUAGAGCGGAUAUAGCAAUGUACUAUUUCAGUCCUGAAACAGGUGACUGCCCACGUUUCAGCUGGGGAGGUUGCCAGGGUAACGGCAACAGGUUCGAUACCAAACAGGACUGUUUAUCAACAUGUUUAAGUCAACCGGAUAGACAGAAUACAAGACCAGCUUAUUGUUCUCUUACUUUCGACUAUGGCUAUUGUUUCGGUGCAGUUCCACGUUGGUAUUUCGACCCUCGAUGGAAGGUUUGCAAGAAAACAAUAUAUUCUGGUUGUGGCGGAAACAAAAAUAAUUUUUACUCUAUGCCACAGUGCGAUUCAAUUUGUCGAUUUGGUAAAGGAAGGAUUAAGGAGAAGAAAGAUACGUUGGGAGAUCCUAAGAAAGUGUUGAUUAUUAAUCCAACAGGCGCUACAAGAGGAAGAGCUCAUAAAAAUUGAAUUAAUUAAAAUUUAAUUUUA